GAGAUUCUGUGAGACAUUUUGAAAAUGGAUCUACACACAUGUCCUCCAUCCAGUCUAACUGAGCUUGAGCUAUUUAGCAGUGAAAAAUGAGCAAACAUUUGAGUUUCAUACCCUAAAGCAUUGUAGCUGUAACUGUUGUGCAAGGUGGUUCUACUACAAAGCUCUGAAUCUGGAGGGUUUAAUACACAUCCGCACUAUGUUGUUUUUGUUUUGUUUUUUUGUAAAAAAAGAAAAAAAGAAAACCGUUUAUCAUGUGUUAAACCCCAGUUAAAAACAUUGAGGCUACAUGUUGUAAUUAAAAAGUGCGAUAAAGUUUGAGGGGGUGUGAAUACUUGAGCGAAGCACUCUUCGUUGCUCUCUUUAUGUGUGCGAUGGGCUGUCUUAAUAGUUAAACAGGAUUUUAACAGUUAGUUUCCCUCUGGAGUCCUUCCUACAAAUUUCACCACUUCCUUUUGUUUCUCGCUCAUUUCAUCGCUAUUGGCCUCAAGCCAGCCAAUGAGAGUUUGAGAGUACAAAGGUAGUGGGCACUGUGAGUGAAACCACAAGGAAACAGGAAGUCAGGGAAAUUCUAAGAAGCGUUCGUCACUUUCACUCAUGCAGUCUUUUACAGAUGCUAAAAUCUGUAACAUGCUCCCACAACAGGACCGAAAUGCUAGAUUUUGCUUUAUACCUCCUUAUUCGUUGGUUUGCGCAGAAGAGCAAGGCUCUUGUGGCAUGACGACGACUAACAAGGGAAAUAAAGCCUUAAAGGUGAAGCGUGAGCCGGGCGAAAAUGGCACCAGCCUCACGGACGAGGAGCUGGUGACCAUGUCUGUACGGGAGUUGAACCAGCACCUCCGGGGGCUCUCCAAAGAGGAGAUCCUGCAGCUUAAACAGAGGAGGCGGACCCUCAAGAACCGAGGCUACGCCGCCAGCUGCCGAGUCAAGCGGGUCACCCAGAAGGAGGAGCUGGAGAAGCAGAAGGCCCAGCUGCAGCAGGAGGUGGACAAGCUGGCCAAUGAGAACGCUUCCAUGCGCAUUGAGCUGGACGCUCUCAGGUCCAAGUACGAAGCCUUGCAGACCUUCGCCAGGACUGUGGCGCGGAGCCCCACCGUCGGGGUUGGGGUGAGGGCCGGAGGGGGAGGAGGAGGGGUGCCGUCGUCGGUCAUCGGCCCGCUCAUACCGGGGAAGGUGGCGACGGCGACGAGCGUGAUCACGAUAGUCAAGUCAAAGACAGACGCGCGGUCUUGAGGGAAGGAAAGCUAAAAUGAAGGGGUGUAACAGGAUGGAGCUCAGCGGCAUCAGAGUGAGCCUCCCUCCUCUGCUGCCCCACUCUCCUCCACCUGCACCGACUCCCAGCAGCUGGGCGGUAUCGCCCGGACCGCCCCCCAGCGCGUUCCCCGUCAUCCGUCUCAGAUCAGUGCAGAUGAAGGACAGGAUGGAAGCAGAGGAAGGUUAUUGGCACGCACAGAGGUUUCUAGUCAGAGCAUGAUCAGGCUGAACACACAGGGUCCCUUUGGCUAACGCGUGGAUGCAAAUGACCGAAAAUUAGAGAUCUUCAUUCAAGGUCACGUUUUUUUUUUUUAAAUAAUUUUUGGAAACGCCUGGGAAACUCAGCUUGAUUCAUGCCAAUCUCCCAGUGUAGAGUUUAAUAAAAAGGCUAAAUUCAGAAUACAAAGGCACUAAUCUUGGCUUUUCCUGGCCAAUACCAUUUCCGAUUUUGACAGAUCACGUUUUUUUUUUUUUUUUACUUUCCCCUCUAAAACUAUAAUGUAAAAACUACAAAAAAGGAAAAAAACGUGCUGCAGGUUAACUGAUGGACAUAAGAUUUUUUUUUAUCCAGCAGAAAAUUAAAGUAUUAAAGGACUAUCCCUAACUGGGGGAAAAUCUUUUAGAUUUUUCAGUGUUUAACCUGCAGAUUACCACUCAGUCCAUCAAGUAAAUCUUUAGCUGUUUUGCACCUUAUUGUUAAAAUUAGGUGCAUCAGCUGAAAACCCCAACUUAUACAUCAAAUGUUUCAGAAUAAUGAAAAAAUAAAAAAAUUCAACCUGUACUGAAGCCCAGCCCUGUUUCACCCAAGAACUUUUACAGAAAAGUACUAAUGGAGAAAUCUAUAUUAUACGAUGGUGGUAACUGUAUUUCUACUGUUUUGUACUGUGUUGUCAUUCACAUGAGGUCCAAGGUGUAUUCUCUGUGUGUGAAAUGUUAUAUAUCAGGAAUUCUGUGAAAUUC